ACAUCAAUUUUGUAGAACGCGUUUCGUUCGGCCGUGUUUUUUUCGGAUCUUGCGUGAGGACGGUUAUCUUUUGCGUAAUCGAUGCAGAAUUUGCACUAGACUUGCCGCUAAGAGGUAGAUUCUAGUGCUGCGCCGCCCGUGAGUUUUUCGGAUUCGUGUUUUUUCGGGAAUCGAGUGGGUAGAAAGUGCGAGAGAGUCAUGGGAAACGUGCUCGCUGCUUCCAAACCGAUCGCUGCCGGUGGUGGCCUUCCGCCGCCCCUCCCAGCAGAACCCGCCCUCGCUGCCACCGGUAAACCUUCGGCGGAGCCGGAGCAACCGCCUCUGACAAAUCCUGGCACGAUGGAUGAACUGCACAAAAAAUGCAAGGACGUGAUGCCGGCCAAUUUCGAGGGGGCCAAACUGAUGAUCAACAAGGGCCUCAGCAAUCACUUCCAGGUGUCGCACACGAUUAACCUCAACUCGUCCAACACGAGCGGGUACCGGUUCGGGGCCACCUACGUUGGUACCAAGCAGACCUCCCCCACGGAAGCGUUCCCGGUGAUCCUCGGGGACAUUGAUCCGGCCGGCAACCUGAACGCGAACAUCAUCCACCAGCUGACGCCGUUCGUGCGCUGCAAGUUUGCGUCCCAAAUCCAGAACAGCAAGAUCACUGCCGCCCAGCUCGCAACUGACUUUAAGGGGGAUGAUUACACGGCGUCGAUCACCGUCGGAAAUCCGAACAUUAUCAACGACUCGGGCGUGAUUGUGAGCCACUAUCUGCAGGCGGUAAGUUGGAUUUGCUACGUUGCGUUACGGUGGACAACAGGAUGAAGCAAACUGACUCAC